AUGCCAGACGGAUCAACCCAAACCAUAACCCACCCAACCCUAGGCUGUACGUUAAAGGGUAUCCAGGUAAACCCCAACGUCAUCGAAUACCGUGGUAUCCCAUACGCCCGGAUCACCGAGCGUUUUGCCGAUCCGGAGCCUGUUAAUCGAUUGGAGGUCGAGGGAGGGGUGUACGAUGCGACCAAGUUUGGCGCGGUGAGUCCGCAGCCACCACAUACGGCUGAGAACGAGUUGGCGUUUUUGGGGGCCACGUUGCCCGUGCGUCCGCUUGACCAAGAUGAGUUCGGUUGUCUCAACAUCAACGUUAGCGUGCCCACUGGUACCUUGUCUACCAAGGGUUUACCAGUCCUCCUCUUCAUCCACGGCGGCGCUUACAGAUUCUCCGCCGCAACAUUACCCCAACACGACGUAACCUCCCUCUGCUCCCUCUCCCACACCCUCAACAAACCCACCAUCAUCGUCUCCUUCAACUACCGUCUCGGACUCUUUGGGUUUUUGAGUUCGAGGGAUGUGGGGGUGAGUGGGAAUGCGGCGUUGAAGGAUCAUAUUGCGGCGUUGAGGUGGGUGAGGAGGCAUAUAGCGGGGUUCGGGGGUGAUGUGGGGAAUGUCACGGUGUUUGGGGAGUCGGCGGGUGGGGCGGCGGUGGAUACGCUGCUUCAUUCGAAGGUACCUGAAGUGAAGGGGGCCUUUAGGAGGGCGUGUAUGAUGUCGGGAUCGGUGGCGUUGAUGGGUGUUGCCCCGCCUGCUGUUCACGAGCGCCUGGUGUACGACAAACUUUGCGUGGCACUCUCCAUCCCUGCCUCCCUUUCCCCGGUAGAGAAGCUCGCGAAGCUCCGUGCGGCACCAGUGGAGACACUCGUCAAUCUUGGCCUCGCGCUCCCCGCCAUGCCAGUGGUGGACGGUACCUACAUUCCGGAUCUCGUUACAUGGGAUAACAUGGAAGAUACGAAAGUGCCGGCGUGGUGCGAGAGUGUUAUGGUAGGAGAUUGUAAGGACGAUGGGUGGGUUUACGCACUGCUCCGUCCUUCGCUGCUCAAGGAUCAAGAUAUGGCAAGUACUCUGGCGAAGGCGCUCGCGUCGGCGUUCGGGGCGGAUGGAAAGGAACUCGCGAAACUCCUCGGUCUACUUGACGACUUCAAGGGAAAGCAGGACGCUCUAAGACGCGGUGCCAACGCAAUCGGCGAACUCUCUUUCUGUCGUGCCGCCGCUGCUCUGGCACGCACCUGGUCCCAGAAGAAAGCGUAUCUAUACCACUUCGACCAACCUUCGACAUGGGCUGGCCCCAAUGAGGGUAUGGCACAUCAUGCAUUAGAUAUCGUCUACCUCUUCCAAUCAUAUCACUCGCAGUUCACCUCACCCUCACAAGUUGCGCUCUCGAAACAAAUGGGGGCAAUGUGGAUUGCGUUCGCGAACGGCGAGGAGCCGUGGUCUCCUUACAAGGUGGAUGAUGGAAGGAAGGCGAUGUGUAUUGGUCCUGGGGAGUGUAGGGUGAAGACGGAGAAGGAGGAUGACAGAGAGGGGAGGAGGGGGGAGGCGUGGAGGGUCAUGGAAAGGAUUGGGGUUGGGAAGGUUUGGGAGCUGUUCCAGGGGGUCAUGUAUUCCGUAAAGUCGGCCGGAAAGAUUUGA